AUGUCUGACUGGGAUAGCACUACCAUUCUUCGCAAGCGUGAUCCUGCUAAAGCCAAGGUCACUCGUUCUCAAGCUGAAUUAAAUGCUGCCAGAAGAGUUGGUGCAUCUGUUGUUACCGAAAAGAAGAGCACUUUGACCAAUGCUGGACAUGCGAAUACCGAUCACCGGCGUAUUGCCAAGUUGGAUCGUGAAAACGAUGUCCCUCCUCCUCCCAGAGUUGAUAUCUCUGUUGGUAAGGCCAUUCAAAAGGGCCGUCAAGCUAAGAAUAUCACUCAAAAGGAUUUAGCUCAAUUGAUCAACGAAAAGCCUCAAGUUGUCAAUGAAUAUGAAGCUGGUAAGGCCAUUCCUAAUCAGCAAAUUCUCGGCAAAUUAGAACGUGCUCUUGGUAUCAAGUUGAGAGGCAAGAAUAUCGGUGAACCUUUAACUUUUGGCAAGAAGAAGUAA